AUGGGGUAUGUCGUCACGGUCAUUGACAUCAACAGCUUCAAGAGCGUGACCAGAGCCCAGAAGUUCCUCGAUGCCGUCGAGCACUUGAUCAAGAGCGUGAUGCCAAACAUUACAGCCGAGGAGAACGUGACCAUCCAUUUCUGGAUAUCUUUUGCAUUCCUCAUCACGGACACUCAUCCAUACCACGUUUGGGUUGAGAGGAACUAUGCAGAGAGGCUCGCCGAGGCGAUCCGAAAGGUCGACAAGUCGGCAACGAGACCAAUCUUUGUAUCACUCUGCAAAGAUCCAAGAUUUCAUGGUAUCCGAUCAGGCAUCCAGGACAUCGCCAUUGAUUCAGCCGACAUCCUGAGUUGCGAGCACGGCGAGAUCCUCAUGAAGGCGCUGUCGCACUUUGGUAUGGUCAGAGUUCCCAGGGAUCGAGUCAAACAGAUCUUCGUUGGGAAACGUGGAAGACAAUACGGUGUUAUCCGAGAAGAGUUCACUCUGGGUGAAGGCAAUGAUGCCCGUGAGCGAUUUGCCUAUCGUGUGAAGUGUGCAAUGCAGUCGGCUUGCGCGAGGAAACUGAAUGAGAAGCAAACGCUGGCGAUUCAGAGGGCCCUGCAAAGGUUGGGUGGAAAACAAGCAUUGUUUGACUUCGGGCAGGUUGAGGAAUUCAAGUUGCAAGGUAGCACAGAUCCAACGUGUGUUCUGCUGAGGGGACGGCCGACAGCCAAGUCAGAGGGAAGGUUUGAGAUUCAACCACACUUAGAAGAGCAUGCGCUCCACUGGAAGGUGGGUGAGUCGCCCAAGGUGAAGAGUCUCCCUUCGGGAAGGAGUCAAGAAGCCUUCGACAAAUUGUAUGAAGCCGAAGAGGUGCAGAUCCUUCGUGACAGCCGAAUUGUGAUUACUACCUGCACGAAUGCUUAUCUCCACACGGCUCUGGUCAAGGGCGAACCGCCCCACGUGGUUCGCCCAGUGAGCUUCGACAGCAUCGUCAUCGAUGAGGCGGCGCAGGCCAGCGAACCGGACAUUGUCCUGCCGGCCACGUCAGCCAGCUGCCGCGUCAUCGUGGUGGGAGAUCACAAGCAGCUAGGGCCAGUGGUGACAGAACACAACUUAUGUGCACCUUAUGUCAGCGCUUUGGAGACACCAUUUCUAGAGAGGCUGCAUCAGAACCCUCGGCGCUUGUCGACCAGCACCAUGCUGAACAUGCAGUACCGCAUGCAUCCUUCUAUCCGGAGCUUUCCAUCAUCGCAGUUCUAUCAGUCCAUGCUGGAGGACCAGGUGUCCAUCCCCCAUCGACCGAAGCUGAACUGCGUCUGGCCACAGAAGAAGGACCAUCGGAUCUUCAUCGAUUGCCAGAUGCCCCAAUCCAUGGGCCUCUCACCCGAGCUGACGCAAACCUGCGAUGCGGCGUUGAUGGAGAGCAAGGUUUCCUUGAAGAACGUGGGGGAGGCUCGAUCUGUGGUGGCUGCCUGCGCGGCGUUGCUGCGACAGAAAUGUGCAGCACGAGACAUUGCAGUGAUCACACCCUACAAAGCCCAGCAGCACGAGAUUCGUGCCAGGUUAGCAAGAGACAAAGAUGUUGGCUCCCACUCGAAGUCAAUCUUGGUGGGCACCGUGCACGCUCUGCAGGGCUCGGAGCGCGAAUACAUCAUCGUGAGCUUUGUCCGCAGCACCUCGCAGGACGAGGACGUGGUCACCUCCGUGGCAAAGACUGCUGGGGACUCCGUGGCGCUGCAGGAGAUGUACCAAAAAAGUCUGGGCAUCCUUGAAAACUACAGGGUUUUGAAUGUGGCCAUCACACGAGCCAAGUACGGGCUCAUUUGUGUUGGAAAUGCAGAUGUGUUGAGUAAAGGAUCGAAAGACUUCCGUGACUUUAUUCACAGCUUGCGAAGCUCCAAAUGUAUCCUGAGUCAGAAUAGAUUUAUUGCAUCUGUCCGUGCACACAGGGCGUCCCAGUGA